CAGAAACUGUGCCUCGAGAGGAAUCCACUCUGCGUUAACACUCGAUCGAUUAAAAUGUAGAUCAAGUAAAGCACGCCCGCCGACUGAUUACUGGAAAUCUUUCAACAUUGCGCCAUCUCCCAGUUGAGGCCAUAUUUGAUUCGGACGGCAAACAGAUGGACUUUAUCCCGAACAUUCGCGUCAUCCGAAGUCAGCGGAAGACCAUAAAGCUGAUGUUUAAAAAGUAUGCCUACUCGAAGACCAACGAGCACGAUGCCACAACUUACUGGCACUGUCGAAGCCGUCGCAAUGGAAGGCCUGCGUGCAAAGCUCGGUUUUCGGCCAAGAAGCUCGAGAACGGUAGCUACAAAGUAUAUCUGACCCAGCCGGAGCACAAUCAUCCUCCAAAGAAGCGUCGCCUAUAAACAGAAUAACUAUAUUUUAAGAAGAAAGAUAUAUUAAAGAGCCAUGUCUUGGCAAAAUGA